CUGCAGGUGACGACGAGGAAGAGGGAGGUGGCUGGACUGGAUCUCACCUGCACGCACCUGUGUGUGUGCGUGACGCUUGCUCGGCUGAGCGGUGGCGGUGUGAGAGGCGCUGGGGGCGACUGAGCCAGUGACGGAGCGAGCGCCGCUCACUCGCAGCAGCAGCAGCCGCAGUCGCCGGGGCGUCCAUUAAAACGCGAAGCAGAAGGCCUCCGCCGCUCGCUUCGCUUUCGAGGAGUCCUCGUCCUCGUCAACCGCGACGCGCAGCCGAAGACGACGACGACGACGACGAGGAGGAGGUACAGCAGCUCCAGCUGCUGCUGCUCCUGCUGCUGCUGCUGCCUCUCGUGGUGUCUCACGGGGGGAGGGAGCGCGGAAGGAGCCAGGGGAGGCGCUCCCUGAUCGGCUGCGGUGAUAAUCGCGAGUCUUGACAUCUCGACACAGCAGCGACAACCUCCACAGAAUCGCCUCCUCGUCAUCUCGGCGUAGACUCAUCGGCAUCUCGUUAUCCUCCCCUUAAUAUCCACGUGUGCAGCCUUUGAUUACAGUGCGGUCAUCGAUAUUUCCGUAUCGACUCAACAUAGCCUCUCAAUUUUCCCCGGUUUCAUAUCUCGGCUAUUUAUUUCAUCAACAUCAUCCCCACAACAUCCCAACAUCGACUCGACAUCUACCUCGAAUACAUCUUCAACAUUAUCUUCACAUACUACAUCCUCAGCAUCCCAAUAUAUACCCGUCAAUGUUUCACUCGUCUCAUCUGCAUAACCUCACAAUCUUUACAUCCCCUACUUAAUAAACUCACAUCUCAGUCCCAGCAUCUCAACAUACCGAAACUUCAUCAGCACACUCUUCAUACCUCCUGAACGUCGUCCACUAUUUGCCAUUGCUGCUGCUGAUCCUCCUGCCUCCACCUCCAUCCACCAAAGCCAGCGAGCAAGGGGGAGACCUCCUCGAUGGAGGGACAUGAGACCGUGAAGACUGACGCCUCUGCACCUCGUGAUGCCGUCGAUUCGAGUUCAGGGAAGGUUCAAAUCCCCAGUCUCCUGGUGGGCACAACUCCACUGGCAGGCGGCCGUGGGACCGCGGCACCCAGCACGGUUGGGCCCUCUGGGCUGCCAGCGUUGCCCAAGAGUCUGAGCGGGCUUUUGAGCUCGGCUGGCGGUGGCUUCGGGAGCCACGGGAGUGGCCCGACGUCGUGGCGAGAGCUGGAGAGGACCUACGCCAAGAGGUCCAUGAUCCAGGACGACCUACAGCGGGGCCGGAGUGGGGCUGCGGAGGGACGCAUGUUGCUGGCCAGCUGCAAGCCCGGCAAUCUGGACCUGGCGAUGGCUCUGCUGCGCAAGGAAAUGAUGGGACUCCGGCAGCUGGACAUGUCCCUGCUGUGCCAGUUGUCGGCCCUCAAUGAGGGCAUGCAAGAGUACAAGACGCUCGUGCAAGACCUCUCCAUGGCCUCUUCCGUCACUCCCUCCGAGACGUCCUUUGAGGACGACUACGACGGCGAGUUUUCCCCGAGGAGCGGCUCGUACGCCGUGGGCUCCUCGCGUUUAAACGAACCUUUCCAGAUGACUAUUUGACACUACACAAGGUUGUUCUUGUUGUUGACAAUCCCAGAAUUCCCUCUCGUCGACCAAUUGCGACUGCCACCAUGAAACUGCCACCAUAAAAUUAGAAGGCCAAAACAUCUCCCAGGUCUAUUUCGUGGCCCAUCCAUUUGUAAUAUACUAGUUACUUAUUGGAUACAAUUAAAUAUAAAUACUGGGGAGUAUGUGAAACAUCAUGUUUUCUUCGUUAGAUUGGUUUUGGUGGGCUUCAUAGAAUGUCAUGUCAUAGUUGUGGCCCUAUGAAUAUUUUUGUUUAAAUAUAAAUAGUGCAAUUGAUUUUUGGUGACGCCAUUCAACAGCAGUAAAAUAAAGCCAUUGGUCUAAAGAUUAAUAGCCUUGUGAAGUAUAGUAGUAGUUAUGUCUAGCACAGCAGUUUACUGUAUGUAUCAAUGCCUUUGCAUUAGUCCUUAGGUAAUUCAGCGAAUUUAUCAAAAACUUUAAAAAAACUAUGGGUAUCACUGUGAUAGUGUAAAAUCUGCUAUAAUCAAGUGCACAACAUCUCAUUGUUUCUGGCCUGUAACAUGGUUAUCGUCAGCUCUGGUUUCAGCGUAUCUCAGGGGUACGCUUCACAUUGUGGGCUCGUAAAGGGACUACAUUUUGUCUUAAUAUUCCCAGAGUAUAUCUGACUGACAUGGGUGUGCCUGUCCAGUCUUGCUACUUGAGUUUUUGAAGCUCACAUGCUUCUCUGCCAUAUCAAGGCAGUGCUCCACUGAAGGCCAGUAACGUGACACAGGGUCUGUCGAAUGUAUGGAAGACCGCGAUUGUUGUUUAGUGGAGUUGCGGGUAUCUCAUAAAGCCAGAGCUGCCACGGGUGAACAUCAGAAAUGACAAUGUUUGCAGCACCGGCACAAUGCAGAUAGUAGGGGUAGAAAAGGGUUCAUUGAUUGUUAUUUUAAAACUCAUGAUGCUUAUUGAUGUGGGAUUCUAUCUUGGGAAUGACCUCCCGGGUAACACGUGAAUAUGAGCUAUGCUUUGGCUUGUAAAGUUGAUUUUAAAAAGCAAGUGGCCUUCACGUUAAACAGAAUAGACUAGCAGACAAUAUCUGCCUCUGCGCGCAUAACAUAUAAAGGUAAUCUUACACAACCCAUCAGCUUCCCGGCCCUCCAAGAAUACAUGAGGUGGCAGCAUUAAUUCAGAUAAAAGCACAUUUUGGAGCGGGUUUGACAUUGAUUGUCACCUCAGCCGUCAGGCUCACUUGAAUCAAUAUGGUGAACUACGAGAUGUAAUCGACAAGGACACUAUCUUUAAUAUAUGGGUUUCACUUUAAACAUAUCAUGUAACUAUGACUGCACAUUAAAAUGACAUAAGCCUCCCUCCAAUUUGCCUAACAUUCACCUGCUUGUCCCUUGUCCUGAAAAAUGCCUUUUGAAAACCAAAUCUGGUUCAGCAUUCUGAAUGUAGGCAGCUUUAUCUGGGUGCUUUUGAUCUAUACCUUAUUGCAUAAAUGUUUCCAUUCGUUUUAUUCCUUUACGUUUUUUCAUGUUUUUCUUGGAUUGGUGUACGGGUAUAAUUUACAAAAAUGCCAUUUGUUUAAUCCUGGUGCAUGUCAGGACACUGUAGGGUCACACUGAUUCUGUUUAGUUUGUGGCUUUAUAAAAAUCAGGUCAAACUUUACUUGCACUGAUUUGCUGUUUCGUGUGGUCCCAUGUCCACGAACAAUAGUUUGUCUGAGAGCAUUCACAGCAUUUAAACAUUUCUUGGUAUUUUAAAGCAUUCGUACAUGAGAGGCACAUACCAACUUAACAAUCUGUAAUGUUGCCUAUCCAGUUGAGAUUGUGAAAUGAAGUGAAUGGUUCUGGAUUUGUAUUGGCUGUUAGUUUGUUCUGCUGCAUUCCUAAUCUUUUUCAAAUAUUAUUUUUGCAUCUUGACCAAAUGUUUAUUUAGUUUUCAAAUGCAAUGUGUAUACGUGAUGGAAUUUGUUAUGUUGGUUCAUUGGAACUCAUGAACUGAAUACAUUUACAUACAUACA